AUGGUUGUGAGGGAGGGCAGCAAUGUUACGCUGCGUUGCGAAGCAAUAGGGAUGCCCACACCGAACAUCACCUGGAGGAGGGAAGACAGCGAGUUGAUUAUUCUCGAAAACAGCCAGAAAGUGGCCAGCAUUGAUGGACCGGUCUUCAAUAUCACGAAAGUGAACAGGUUGCAGAUGGGAGCGUAUCUUUGCAUCGCGUCCAACGGCGUAAUGCCAACAGUCGGCAAGAGAAUUAUGUUCGAUGUACUUUUUACUCCAGUGAUUUGGAUCCAGAACGAAUUAGUGGCCGUACAAGAAGGCCACCAAAUAACGUUAGAGUGCCAUUUCGAGGUGUUUCCCAAGUGCAUCAAUUCUUGGAUGCAAGAGAACGUCACUAUAGUGAACGGAUUGCGAUAUUUGCGGCGGCCGCAAAUACGCAAAUCACUUAUAGGCGAGAUGUGGUAA